GCGAUCGCAAACCCUCCUAACCCCUCCGCCUGAAACUUCCCGUCGACUCCUCAGUGCUGAGACCGACCAUGAUGAAGCUCCAUUCCUUGCAGCCAUGGCGCUGUUACUGCAAUUCAAGGAUUUUGCGGCCUCUAUUCUACUCAACUUUAGGAUCAACUUCUUUUCGAAGUCCAGAGGAUUCUCUCUACCGAAGAGUUUCUCAGGCAGGCGAUCCUCGAAUCUCCAUUGUUAGCGUGCUGGAUCAGUGGGUAGAAGAAGGCCGAGAAGUCAAGCAAUCUGAUCUCCAAAAGCUCAUCAAGCAGCUCAGGAAGUUCCGUCGCUUCAACCAUGCUCUGCAGUUGUGUGAAUGGAUAAGUAAUGAAAGGAACCAAGAACCGUCACCAGGGGACAUUGCUAUUCAGUUGCACUUAAUUUCAAAGGUUCAUGGCUUGGAACAAGCAGAGAAGUAUUUUAACAGCAUCAGGGAAUCCUCAAGAGAUUAUAAGGUCUAUGGAGCACUUCUUAACUGUUACGUAGAGGAUAAAAAAUUGGAAAAGGCAGAGGCACUCAUGGAGAAGAUGAGGGAAUUAGGAUUUGUGAAAACACCAUUACCUUAUAAUACUAUGUUAGGCCUUUAUGCUCAUCUGGGUAAACAUGAAAAACUUGAUGAAUUAAUAGAAGAGAUGGAAGAGAUGGGAAUUGCUCGUGAUCGAUUUACAUACAACAUUCGUAUGAAUGCAUAUGCAGCUAAUUCCGAUGUAACAAACAUGGAAAAGCUUUUGUUGAAGAUGGAGGCAGACCCACUAAUUUCUAUGGAUUGGCACGCGUAUUUCGUCGUAGCAAAUGGAUACUUCAAAGCUGGUCUUUCUGAUAAAAGUUUACUGAUGUUGAAGAGAUCAGAGCAACUCAUUGGUGAUAAGCAAAGGUGGUUUGCAUAUGAAUGUCUCAUUACACUGUAUGCUGCUAUCGGAAAUAAGGAUCAGGUGUAUCGGGUUUGGAACUUGUACGCUAAUCUGAAAAGAAGAUACAAUACAGGAUAUCUUUGUAUAAUCAGUUCAUUAAUGAAACUGGAUGAUAUUGAGGGUGCUGAAGAAAUCUUGAAGGAAUGGGAAUCAGGGGAUACAUGUUUCGACUUCAAGAUUCCGAACAUGAUGGUAAAUAGUUACUGUAAGAAGGGACUUGUGGAUAAGGCAGAAGCAUAUAUAAGCAGGCUUAUGGAGAAUGGCAAGGAACCACAAGCAAACACUUGGGAUCGACUAGCAACUGGAUAUCAUGCCAAUGAUCAGACGAUGAAGGCAGUGGAAGCUAUGAAGAAAGCAAUUUCAGCUAGUCCACCUGGAUGGAAGCCUAAUUAUUAUACCUUGGCCGCAUGUCUUGAAUACUUGAAAACAAAUGGAAAUGUGGAGGCAGUAGAGGAAAUCGUGAGACUUCUUGGGAAACACAACAUUAUCUCCUCACAUAUUAACGAUAGAUUUGUAGAUUAUAUCCACAGUGACAACCAAACGUCAAGUGCUCUCGAUCAAUUCGGCCUGGACGAUCAUAUUGAGAGAAUCGAUCAUGCUUCGGAUCUAAACAAGCUCAACUUUGCUGAGGUGCUAAAGAAUGAAGAGACUUCGGUAUGAAGUGAAGUGUUUUUGUUCCUCUCCACCCGUCAUCCUUGUUAUAGCACGGUAUCAAUUUUGGCUAGAUUGCAAAUUUGAUCCCUAUAGUUUCAAGAUAUUUGGUUUCUGUAAUUUGGAAAUCUUAUCUUCUGGUAAUAGUCAGAGUACUUCCUUUGAACCUGUUUUUCACCUUGUAUGCCAUGUGAAGCCUUGGAAAUCAAAAUUUGAGUAUGCAUUAUACUUUUCAUUUCACCGAU